AUGGCCAUCUUUAGGACAAGAUGUGAAGCUCCACUUCACUGUGCCGAAGCCAUCAAAGCAAAUCAACGAUCGAAUACCUUCUCACUUUACCAAUCCAAGGACGUAUCAUUAUUCAUUUUCAAACAAUGUCAAAUGGUUCACAAUCUGAUUCAAGAUUACUUUGAUCAAAGAACUUUGUCAUUGUCGAUAUACAAAUGUCAAACAAUCAUCAACAGCUUCAUCUCGAUUCUGACAUCAAAUGUCAAACACGGCAUUUUACAUCCAAGGAUUGUAUUCUCCAUGUCUGCCGAUACUCUUACACAUCCUCAAGACGAUCUUUGUGACAUCUUGACGCAUAUUCACCAACUGCUCGACAUCCAGGAGCGAUAUGUCGCCCGCCACUCUCACCGCCAUCAGUCAAUUCGUAUCGGUACUACCAUCGACCAAUGUCAUGUUCUGAAAACUGGACCGGCCACCAAGAAGUGUCACUUGCUCUACUUACGUCAUAUCAUCGGUCUUCAUGAUAUGGUAAUUCUUCGUUUCAUGAAUAACACACUUCAAUCUUAUGACAAAGAGGACGGUUCGACACAUCGGUCAGAUUAUGUAUGGUUCGACAUAUUGAAGCGUAUUUUAUGUUUUUCAUGCUCUGCAUCUCAUGCCGAAUCCAGGAUCAUUGAAGAUAGGUAA